AUGGCGCUAUCGAAGAACAACCCAUACAGUUUGGGUGAUGACUUAACAUGUGGGAUUUGCGAGGGUAAACUACGCAAUGGACAGUUCCUAAAAUGCUUUCAUUCUUUCUGUGAUCAGUGCUUGAGACAGGAGAAGAAACGAGAGCCAGAAAGACCCAAAUCAGCAAGCUUCCCUGGCAUUGGAAACAGUGCGAUAAGUGUAGCGCAAGGUGUCUUUCGAGUAGCAACCAACUUUUUUGCGUUGGAUCCUGAUGGCGAAGAGAUACGAGGUCUUAAGCUCCCAGCUUGCCCGAUCUGCAAACGAAAUGGAAAAGCAGAAACUCAUGAUUCCAGGCAGUAUUUCUUCCCAAACAUUUUUGCAGAAAUGAAGAUCGGAAGUGUGGAUUUCACGGACAAACUACGCGGGAAAGCAGAAUCUAGUGACACUUUAAUCUGUGAAUCAUGCCAAGAGAACAAUUGCAAGGUUACAUCUUUCUGUAGCGAUUGUAAACAAUUCAUCUGCGCGACUUGCGUCGUAGCACACAAGAAACUGUCUGUGACUCGCAAUCAUUCAAUCGUGUCUACAAAUGACAUCAAGAACGGAAAGAAUCUAGUUGACGUCGACAAUGCUCACACAUAUUCAACAUGCAGCAGUCAUCCGUCGUCACUCUCCACAAAGCUCUGUACUAUAUGUCAGGUAGCUAUCUGUACCGAUUGCGUUUCAUCAGAGGAGCAUCGUAUGCACCCAUCUAUAGAUGUCAAGGAUGGUAUUAAGCCGUUCUUGGACGAGGCAAGUACCUUGGUCAGCAGGUUCACCCCAUCAAGAUUUGACAAAAUCGUUGUGGCGCACCUGGAGCAUAAGAAGGCUAUUGCAGAUAAAGCCGAAGAGCUUCGGAAACAGAUCAUUGAAGAUGCUGACAUCGCCCGGGCAGAACUCCUGCAGCAGCUCGAGGACAAGAAAAUGUCCAUGUUGGCCAAGGUGUCUAGGGUCGAGAGUGACUCGACUAAGGCAACCAACGAGCUCAUCAAGUCCUUGGAGGAGCUGAGAAUAAAGGCAACCACGGCAGAGAACUAUGUCGAUGUCCUAAAGCGCAGAGGCACCGUAUCCAAUAUAUUAAUGGCAAGGCGUGGGGGUUUCGUAGAUCUCCUCAAGGAUCUUACAGCUGAUAUUGCCAACAAAGAAUCUUCGAAGACACAGGGAACCCUUAGACUACAUACAACCUCGUUCCCUUUCCCGCGAUACCAACUGAAAUGGUAUUCACUUCAAUAUAGUGAAUGA